UUCACUAGCUACUACAAACAAUGGCCAAGCAUAAUGUUAUAUUCUUUUUUUUCGUGUCUUUGGUCUUGGCAUCAAUAAUUUUGUGUGAUGCCAUUGAAAUUGGUGAAGAAAGUAGUAAAGUUCACAUUGUAUAUAUGGGCUCACUUCCUAAUGAAGAAUCGUAUUCCCCAUCUUCUCAUCAUCUUAACAUGUUGCAACAAGUUAUUGAUGACAGCGAUGUAGAAUAUCGUUUAAUUCGAAGUUAUAAGAGGAGUUUCAAUGGUUUUGCUGCCAUACUCAAUGAUCAACAAAGAGAAAAGCUUUCAAGCAUGAAAGGUGUAGUCUCAAUUUUUCCAAGCCCAAAGUUUCACAUUCAAACAACAAGGUCGUGGGACUUCCUUGGAUUUCCUCAAUCAAUCAAGAGAGAUCAAACUAUUGAGAGUGAUUUAGUAGUUGGAGUUAUAGAUACUGGAAUUUGGCCAGAAUCCGAAAGUUUCAACGACGGAGGUCUUGGUCCUAUUCCAAAAAAGUGGAAGGGAGUUUGUGCAGGUGGUAUAAACUUCAAGUGCAACAACAAGAUUAUUGGAGCACGAAAUUAUGGUGAAGAUGAUAGUGCAAGAGACUAUGCUGGUCAUGGAAGCCACACAGCAUCAACAGCAGGUGGAAGAGAGGUUAAAGAUGUGAGUUUUUAUGGUCUUGCAAAAGGCACUGCAAGAGGUGGAGUCCCAUCUUCAAGAAUUUCUGUAUACAAAAUAUGUGGUGCAGAUGGUAAAUGUAAUGGUGAGGAAUUGUUAGCUGCAUUUGAUGAUGCCAUUGCCGAUGGAGUUGAUAUCAUAACCCUCUCUAUUGGUAGCCAACAUAUCUUUGAAUUUUUUGAAGAUCCUGUUGCCAUUGGUUCUUUUCAUGCCAUGGAGAAGGGAAUACUUACAACACAUGCUGCAGGAAACUUUGGUCCUGACCCAAGUACUACUUCCAGUGUAGCACCUUGGUUAUUUACUGUUGCUGCAACUACCAUAGAUCGUCAAUUCAUUGAUAAACUCAUCCUUGGAAAUGGAAAGACUAUUAUUGGAAAGUCAAUCAAUACUAUCCCUUCAAAUGGCACUAAAUUUCCAAUAGCUGUGCGUAACGCUGAAGCUUGCCUUGAAGGACAUAAAUCCCCUGAAAUGUGUGAUUGUGUAGAUAGAAAACUAGUGGAAGGUAAGCUUGUUUUGUGUGGAUCACCAAUAGGUGCACAAUUGGCUUAUUCAAAAGGUGCAAUCGGUACAAUACUUAAUGUUCCACACACUGAAAAUCAAGUUUCUCUAGUCACUCGAAGGCGUUCACUUAACUUGGAUACAGAGGAUUUUGUUGGUGUUCAAUCCUUCGUAAACUCCACCAAAUACCCUGAAGCUGAGAUUUUAAAGAGUGAAACUAUUCAGGACACUACAGCUCCUGAGGUUGCCAUUUUCUCUUCUCGUGGCCCCAAUCCUAAGGUUGCAGAAAUUAUGAAACCAGAUAUAAGUGCUCCAGGAGUGGAUAUUUUGGCUGCAUAUUCACCCGAAGCAUCACCAUCAGAUGAACUUGGUGACAAUAGAAAGGUGAAAUACAACAUUGAAUAUGGAACCUCUAUGGCUUGUCCUCAUGUUGCUGGUGUUGCUGCAUAUGUUAAAUCAUUUCAUCCAGAUUGGUCACCUGCAGCUAUCAAAUCGUCCAUCAUGACAACGGCAACAUUAGUGAAAGGUAGUUAUGAUUUGGCUGGUGAAUUUGCUUAUGGAUCUGGGAAUAUCAAUCCAGCACUAGCUAUUAACCCUGGACUUAUUUAUGAUAUCACCAAGGAAGAUUAUGUGAAAAUGCUUUGUAAUUUUGGUUAUGAUGCUAACAAAAUUAAACAGAUUAGUGGAGAAAACUCAAGUUGCAAUGGAGCUUCAGAAAGAUCUUUAGUGAAAGAUUUAAACUAUCCGACAAUCGUGAUUCCUGUGAAUCCUAAUCUUAAGCAAUUUCAAGUCAAUAUUCAUAGAACAGUGACAAACGUUGGCUUUCCAAACUCAACAUAUAAGGCUACUGUCAUCCAUAAUCCAAAAAUCAAUAUUACAGUGGAACCAAAACUUCUCUCAUUCAAAUCAUUAAAUGAGAAACAAUCGUUUGUUGUCACUGUUGUUGGGGGAGUACAAUCAAAUACAAAAGUCUUUUCCUCAUCACUUAUUUGGUCGGAUGGCACCCACAAUGUGAAGAGUGCAAUCAUUGUUCAAAGACUAUCAUGACCUUGUUAUUGUUGUGGCAAAUAAGAUUCUAUUCAGUAAAAUUAGCUUAUA